CCAGGUUGUCUGUCCCCGGAAGUGAUGCUCGAAAGGCCCUCCCCCGAGGAAGUGACGGCAGGAGUGCCCUUGACUGACGGGGAGGGCCGGGCCGUGCAUCCCUCCGCUCGCGCUGCAGGGAGAUGGCUCAGCGACUUCUCCUGAGGAGGUUCCUGGCCUCCAUCAUCUCCAGGAAACCGCCUCAGGGUCGGUGGGCACCCCUCACCUCCAGGGCCGUGCGGUGCAGUCCUGGUGACCUCACAGUAACACCCAACCAAGCCCGGUCAAUAUACACCACCAGAGUCUGCACAACGACCUUUAAUAUCCAGGAUGGACCUGACUUUCAAGACCGAGUUGUCAACAGUGAAACACCAGUGGUUGUGGAUUUUCACGCACAGUGGUGUGGCCCGUGCAAGAUCCUGGGGCCAAGGUUAGAGAAGGUGGUGGCCAAGCAGCAUGGAAAAGUGGUGAUGGCCAAGGUGGAUAUUGACGACCACACAGACCUCGCCCUAGAAUACGAGGUGUCCGCCGUGCCGACCGUGCUGGCCAUCAAGAACGGGGAUGUGGUGGACAAGUUCGUGGGCAUCAAGGACGAGGACCAGCUGGAGGCCUUCCUGAAGAAGCUGAUUGGCUGACACGCAGGGAAGAAUCCUGGUGGCCCUUGCCCACCUGGGCCCCGGGGUUCCAGGAGGAUCCCCGCUACAGCUCAGACCUUCUGUGCUGGCCCUUCCUGCCUCCUGCCUUCUGUCCAGCCCCUGUGGACCCGUGCUUUGGAGACCAGGCCCCCAAACCCUGGGAGCCUCCGGGGCUUCCGGGCCGGCUGACUGCCACUGACCUGGGGACAGCCGUCUUCCCGCCCACUCUCUCUUGUCUGCUCCCACCAGGGCUCGCCUCAGUUCCCCCAGGAUGCUGGAGAGAGCCCCAGGCCAGCCAGCCCGCGGUGCGCCGGGCCAAUGGCGGCCGCGUGUCCCUGGCCCCUUCCGAUCUGCACCCCGGUGCCUGGCCCAUCUGCCUCCUGCAGUUUUUCUUCCCUGCUGCUGUUUUGUAAAAAAGAAGAAGGAAAAAAGAAACCCAAACAAGUGAGAGUAAUAUAUAAUUCUCUCAUUUUUUGUAGGUCUGUAAUAAAGAACUUUAUGUGA